GGCCGGGCCGGGCGGAGGGGCCGCCCCGCCUCUUAGUCGGCGGCAGCUGCUGCUGCGGGGCCGCCGCCGUGGGCAGCCGCCAUGCCGCGCUCGCUGAAGGAGGAGACGGCGCUGCUGCUGGAGGAUUACUUCCAGCACCGCGCCGGCGGCGCCGCGCUGCCCUGCAGCCCCACGGCGGCCACGCUGCGGCGGGCGGCGGCCGAGCUGGAGCGGCAGGAGCGGCCCUUCUUCCGCUCCUGCGCGCCGCUGGCGCGGGCCGAGCCGCGGGAGGCGGCCGCGCUGCUGGGCAGGGUGGCGGCCCAGCUGGAGGCCGACGGCGGCCUCAACUGGGGCCGGCUGCUGGCGCUCGUGGUGUUCGCCGGCACGCUGGCGGCCGCGCUGGCCGAGCGGGGCUGCAGCGACGGGCCGCGCUGCCUGGCCGCUCACCUGGCCGCGUACCUGGCCGAGGAGCGCGGCGAGUGGCUGGAGGCGCACGGCGGAUGGGAUGGCUUCUGUCGCUUCUUCGGCAGGCCCGGCUCCGAGGCGGCUGAGCAGAGCAGCACCAUCGGCAACGCCAUCGUGGCGGCGGCGGCGGGCAUCGGCAUGGCGGGGUUGGCUUUCCUCUUGGUGCGGUAGGCCCACGAACGCAUCUUGCCGAGGGAAAGUGCUCUCAGAACUGACAAUUUACCAGAUUUCACUUUAUUUUGUAUAGAACAGACCCUCUAAGAAGAAGUCUAUAUUUUUAAACUGGUUCAGAAAACUGCCUCACCAAAUCCUUGGCUAUAAACUGCUUCAGUCACUACCCAGUAACGGCACAAACAGAUGUGUACUAGAGCACUAUUUGUGCGUGUUCAAAACCUGUUGUCUCCAAACUUCCUCUGGACUUUCUUUUUUGAAGGUGUAACCUAAACUUAAGCAUGGUUCAUGUACUGUAACUUCUGAGUGCUUGAUGUUAUGCUAGGAAAACAUUAUGGUGGGCUUGCUACUAAACCCUCUGUGGAAGACGUCUUAUUUACGUGGAGGCAAGUUUGGAACCCGCGUUCAUUAAUGCUGUAAAGUGGGUGAACGUUGACUGUGAUCUAACAUGGCUUAUGGCUUCAAACGUGGUGCACAGCACUUGUAAUCAGAAGGCAACUCAUUUGUUGAUUUAGGGCAGUUGGUGCCUGUGAUGCUAGAAGCAUUAGGGCUUAAUGUAACAUAAGGCUGAAUUCAUUACACUACAAGAAGGUAAGUAUUGAUACAGGACAGUAAUGGCUGCAGUACUGGUUCCUACUGAAAGGAAAAGAACUUAAAUAUUAAACCUUAAUUGGUAUAUUGAAAUCCAGUGAAGGCUGGAAUUUCUCUGGAUUUCCCUUACAAAGUGAGAAUUUCCAUAUAUCUUAAUAUAUUUUUGAAGUAUUUAUCACUGUAUAAUACUUGUAGCCAUGACAUCUUUAUUUUUGUUUAAAAAUGCUGGUUCUUGUCACUCUAGUGUGUAUCAAGCAUUGUCUUGUUUUAGUAAUAUUUCACUCUGUUUUCAAAAUGCUGUGUAUUUCUUUCAAUGGUUGUACAAAUUGCCUUAUGUUUCUAGUAGCUUUUGAAUAAUUUUCCUGGGUUACUCACAGCGUGUACAAUUUUACUAUGGUGACUUAAAAGGUGAAUAAAUGUUAAGUAUUUUUAUUUUAAAAAA